AUCCCAUUAGCGGUUUAUUUUCGGAGCGUCGCUGAUUCUCCAGAACCUAAGCGGGUUACACACAGAGCUGUGACUUCUGAUCUGCGGUCACGGCAGCCCGGUUCUGCCGCUCUCUSGGUCCGCGGUGCCGGAGCUGCAGCCAUGGGGAACCACGGCUCCAACCUGGACGACAUCCUGGCCGAGGACAUGCACCACUGGUACAACAAGUUCAUGAAGGAGUCUCCGUCCGGACUCAUCACGCUGUUCGAGCUCAAAGCCAUCCUCAACCUGAAGGGCAUCACGGAGAACGCCAACAGCUAUGUGGAGCUUUGUCUCCCCCUGCAGGCCAUCCAGGACAUCACACGGAACAGGGACAUCGACCCAGAGGAGAUUGUGACACUCAUCUAUGAGAAGAUCGACGUGAAGGGCGAAGGAGAGCUGACACUGGAGGAGUUCAUUGAUGGAGCCAAGGAGCACCCGGACAUCAUGGACAUGCUGCGGAACCUGAUGGAUCUGACGCCGGUUCUAGAGAUCAUCGUGAAAGGCCGCCAGCCUGCUGUUGAGAACUGACCAAUCGCUGCGGCCGCUCCAAAUCAACCAGACAUACGCCAGACUCUGGGAGGACCCCUAAAAUCAACCCAUCCACACCAAUCAAACCCACAGAACUUUAAACGGAGCCCAGCAGCYGUCCGGUUCUGGCCCAACUCAGGAAUAUGUCUGGGUUUUCGGAAGCUGCUGCUGAAACUUGGACUUUCCGACAUGAUGGAUUUUAUAUGGUCGGAUGUUUUUACCCUUCACAAAAACAUUUCUACACUCAUCUCUGAACAGUUUGAUAUUUAGUAAAAAAAAAAAAAAA